GCAUCAAGCCAUCCCAAGCCGGUCUCCCCACGUCAUUCCCUGUUACUGCUCCAUGUCUCCAUCCCUAUAUAGCAGCUCAAGGCUACAUCAUACAUGUACAUAGUAUACACAUACCGGUGAAUGACGGGGAUCAACAUUGGUGCGCCGGUCAGCCAAGUCAGCUCACUCAGUCAGUGACUAGGGACUAUGACUUAUAAGAACCACAAGGACGUCAAGAUGGGCUCGAUUCGAUUUUACAAAACUAGGGGGACUUAUCUUUCCUGGCGGUACCGUUCAUUCAUUCGCUUCGUUCUUCAUAUUCUACAUUCAUUUGACUAUCGAGCAAGCUUACCUCUACAUUCACUAUGAGACCAACCAACAUUUUGGCCAGCCUGGCCACGGCAGGGCUCGCCGCCGCACAAAUUCGUAACAUCGUAUACUUCGACCAAUAUCACAUGUCCAUCUUGCCUGGCAAAAACAUCACCGCCGGCAUAACCCACGUCAUCAUGGCCUUCGCCAACUCCUCUCUCUUCGCGCCCGAGACGGCCGGCACCUACGAGCCGUUCAUGCCCGUCGACUCCGUGCGCGCCAUGUUCGACAACGGGACGCAAGUCGGGAUCGCGCUGGGCGGCUGGGGCGACACGGCCGGUUUCUCGGCCGGCGCCAAGACGGAGGCCAGCCGGGCCGCGUACGCGAAGAACAUCGCCGCCAUGGUCGAGGACCUGGGCUUCGACUUCGUGGACAUCGACUGGGAGUACCCGGGAGGCAACGGCGCCGACUACAAGCAGAUCCCCAACGCGAACAAGACGUCCGAGAUCACGACCUUCCCGCAGCUGCUGCACGCUAUCAAGGCCGCCAUCGCGCCCAAGCAGCUCUCCAUCGCCGUGCCCGCCAAGCAGGGCGACCUGAUCGCGUACACGCCCGCCAAGGCGCCCGCCAUCUGGUCCGCCGUCGACAUGGUCAACGUCAUGACCUACGACAUCAUGAACCGCCGCGACACGACGACCAACCACCACACCUCCGUCGUCGGCUCCGCCGACGCCAUCCACCGCUACCUCGAGCUCGGCUGCCCCCCCUCCAAGAUCAACCUCGGCCUCGCCUACUACGCCAAGUACUUCGAGACCCCCGCCAACGUGACCUGCACCCAGCCCCUCGGCUGCCCCAUCGUCAAGGCCGAGAACGACGACGGCAGCGACGCGGGCACGUCUGGUGCCGUGACCUUCGAGAAGGCGAACGUGUUCCCCGCGCCGCCGCCUACGAAUCUGAGCGCUACGUCCGACGGCUCGUGCGGCGCCGGCACGGGCUUCACGUGCGCCGGCUUCGCCGACGGCGCGUGCUGCUCGCCGUACGGAUACUGCGGGUCGUCCGCCGCGCACUGCGGUGUCGGGUGCCAGUCCGCGUUCGGCACGUGCAGCGGCCCGGACAUCAGCGCCGCGUUCCCGAAGGCGCUGGCGAACGGUAUCCUCGACGAGCAGCAGGGCGGCAUGUGGUACUGGGACGCGGAGAGCCGGCUGUUCUGGACGUGGGACACGGCCGCGCUCAUGGAGCGCAAGUUCCGCGAGAUCAUCGAGCCGAUGGCCCUAGGCGGGGUUAUGGCCUGGAGCUUGGGCGAGGAUAGCGCGGAUUGGAGCCAUAUUACGACGGUGACGAGGAUGGCGCAGGGGGUGCAGAAUGGGACGGUUGCGGGGACGGAGACGGAGACGAAGAGGGCGGUUCGGAAGCUCAGGGGGAGGAUUACGAGACCGCAUGGUAGGCAGUGGGCGCAUUAAAUAUCUGCCUAGGUAAUAGGUAGGUAGGAAAGGAAAAGCAUGAUGGGACUAGAUUUAUGCGUUCGGAUGUUUUUUUUCGAGAUGCUACGUAGGGUCGGCGUGCUGACCUUUUUCGCUUCGUAAUGUAUAUUGUUCUUUGGGCUAGCUGGCAAUGAUGACGCUGUGCGGCUGGAUUGUGUUAUGAUGAAAAUUGGUCGACUUGGUACCGGGCUAUUGUGUAGUGUGUGGUGAAACUGAUGAGCUGGCAGCUGGCUAGUUGACAUGUCGUAUGCCAGGACUGAUCUCCUUAGGGGGAUAUGAUGUGUAGGCUAUGUGUACCUAGCGUCAUACAGUUCAGCCCCGGUUGUACACAUAGGUAUGUUAUUGGAACUAUCUUGACCUUGAUUGCUACGGGAUCUAUUUACGCCUCCUAGCUAC